AGAAACCCAGUACUACACACUCUAUAUUUUAUUUUAUUUUUAAAUGAUGUUAUGCUACGCCUUUGUGCUGUGUGUAUUUACCCCAUUAUUUUGCUAUACAGAAAAGUUUAAAAAAUCAUAUCAAAAUUUCCCAAAGGAAAAGUCUAAUAAUCCAUGACUCGUACAACUCCCCGUGGAUGUUGAAGACACCGAUGCUGAAGUGGAGACUUUGUGCUGUUUUAUCUGAUCCACAGAGCAGAGCUGCAGCCCAACUGUCCUGAUGAUGAGGGAGACGGAGUUCAGCAUCACCAGAGCAUAUGGUGAUUUUUCUCCAGCCUGCUGCCUCAUCCUGCAGCUCAUCAUAAUUAAAUAUUUACACAGUGGCAACAAUAUAGCUGCCUAUUAAUACUGUCGGUGGCACAUGAUGUUUACACCACGGCUUCUCCUCUCAGACUACACUUUCAGACCUUUUUCCAAAUCUAAUAUAGCCGUCCAUAAAUAGCUCACCUAUCCAGCCCAUAUUCGGCCUGAGUGACGUGAGACCGCAGCCAAUCCCUCCCUCCGUGCGCUCUUAUCCCCGCCUCUUGAAGCUCCGCCUCCGCUCUAAUCGCUCCUCCGCCGCCCAUUCGCCUUAAAUGGACAAACAGGGGAGUUGAUUGACGUGCCAGACGACGCCCCUUCGUUUACCAAGCCCCGCCUCUGCUCCGGCUCCCUCAUCACUUGUCUAUUUUGGCAACACGCGUCGGCGCAUGGAGCCUCCAUCACCUCCAGUCUCCUUUUACGCACUGUGUUUGAUAAUGCGCGCCGGUGCAGGGAGCCUCUCCGCCACAUUCCCAGCAGCCACCUCUACACUCGACAGUUAGACUUGCUCUCUGAUUUGGACUAAUAUGACAGAAGUGGAUGUAGAGGUGUGACACCGCCGCCGAGAACACGGGCUUUUUUUCCAGAGUGGAUCAUUUCUUGUUCCUCCCUCACCGCGCGUCAGCAUGGAUGUCUUGGCGAACCACAGUAUCUUUCAGGAACUUCAGCUGGUUCACGACACCGGCUACUUCUCUGCCAUGCCGUCACUGGAGGAGAACUGGCAGCAGACCUGCCUUGAAUUGGAGCGCUAUCUGCAGACGGAGCCCAAGCGUCUGUCAGAACUGUUUGACCAGGACCUCGAUGGUCUCCUAACUCCGGCCUACAUAAAGGAAGAUGGAGAUGAUGAGCUGACAGAUGCUCUACUCCCCAGUUUGCCCAGCCUCCCAGAGCCUCAAAGCCCACCUCCAGCAACGCUGUGUCAAUCCCAGAAGAUAAUUCCCACCUCCAAUGCAAUUAAAAGGGACCUAAAACCCAAAAGCCAGGCCAUGGAAAGUGUAGAGGGAACAGAGGGAGUUCACCAGGCCCAGUUGAGUGCUGUCACCUCCCUGACACCGCCGUCGUCACCGGAGCUGGGUCGUCACCUCGUAAAACCCAACCAGACAUUGACAGCCUCAGCCGAUGGGACACUCACCUUAAAACUGGUGGCCAGGAAGGUUGGGCUCAGUGCGGCCCGACUGGUGGCAGCACACACUCUCCCAGUCCAGGUAAAGGAUGAAGAUGAAGGAGCAGCGUGCAUGGUUGGGAUCGGGGAGCUGCCAGAGAACAAGAAGAGGAUUCAUCGCUGUCAGUUCAAUGGCUGCAGGAAGGUGUAUACCAAAAGCUCCCACCUGAAGGCUCAUCAGAGGACACACACAGGUGAGAAACCGUAUAAGUGCUCAUGGGAGGGCUGUGAGUGGCGAUUCGCCCGGAGUGACGAGCUGACGAGGCACUACCGCAAACACACUGGCGCCAAGCCUUUUAAGUGCAACCACUGUGACAGGUGUUUCUCACGGUCCGAUCACUUGGCGCUGCACAUGAAGAGGCACAUCUGAGGAAUUUGAGGGAGGUCAGCGGGAGUGGAGGAGUGAAAGAAGCAGGAUGGAGGUGGAGUGGAAGAGUAAAAAGGACAGAAACAUACCAACAUGGAUGUGACCAAGGCAGCAGCGUGGACUCAAAAGACAUCCAAUUUGGCCGUUGCGGACACGUGUGCAGGCAAAUAUGUGCUCAACCAGCUGGUCCAGAUUUCACUACGAUCCAUCGGCACCUUACAAUGUACCUGAAAAUCACCGAUUGUCCCUGAGCUGCGAUGCAUCCACACAGCAGUGAUCCACAUGCCAGUGAGGCCAUGGAUGCCUUAUGUACUGAUGCACAGUGACAACUAACCUUCACACGACGUGUUUGUAUAUUAAAAGAUUCCAAUGCUAGCUUAGUGGAAUACCCUCACACAGUUACCAUCCAUACACCUUCGAAGGGUUAUUCUCAUCAUUAUAAUUAUAAUGAUAACAUUUGACAGAUUUUUUUUCUCACCUCUGCCAACUGGAGCUGCUUCAGUUGGCAGAUGAUUCCACAAAGAAUGGUGUGGUUGGAGCACAUGUUUUGAACAGGAUUAAAAGAAGGGAGUCUGAUGUGAAUACUGAUGGGGUUCAUGCCAGGGCCUGACCUUACUAAUGAGCACCAUCCUGUAACAGAUACUACUGGAUAAGUCUUUCUAAUCCUGACUAUGAGAGACUGAUUCCCCUCCUAAAACGUUUGAAACUGAGCAUCUCUACGUCUGCUUGAUGCCUCCGUAGGGUGCUUUUUCCCCCUAUUGUCGGAAACUGUUGCACAAUUGACUCUUUACAAACUUUUUUUUUUUGCUUAAGAAAAGGCCAUACUGUCUUGAACUGGGAUACAAUUUGGAAGUCGCUGGACCCUGACAUUCGUUCACACGGCCCACGGACAGCAGGCGGCCAAAUGCACAAGUCAGAGCUGACUGCCAUAGCACACAGGAUGACGUCACAAUGAACGUACUGUGAAGGGCCAUAUUGUUUCUAAGAAAACAGUCUCUGAUUGGUUCAGGAAGGAAACCAUUGAAAAGACAUUGAAGAACUCAUUGGAAAUGGACAGAAAAAAAUUAAAUUAAAAUAAAGUAAACACAAGGGACUACAGCAGAUGCUUAACAUGAUCUCUUUAGCCUUUAAGAGGGAUUGGCAUCUGGUCAGCCAGUGAGUUUGAGGAAGAUCUUCUCUUUUCGCACCAUCCAUGUAGAACAACAUCAGAAUUUAGCAGCUCUUUUCAGAGAAAAGCCACAUUUAACACCUCCACCUAACCCAGCCCUAUGCAUAUCUGAAAACAUUCCGGCUGAUUUCCGCUCCACACAUACGGAUUUGCACCUGCUGCAGAUGCAAAAACCUUAUAGGACAACUCAGAAGUUCAAUCAAUCCGGUGACUCCUCUCUGAGCAAAUCAAGGUGAAUGUAUCUGUCUGUGACAUGUUGCUGGGCUGUGUUCCCCUUUUUCCCACAUUUGGUUGAGUUCAGAGCUGGUUAAAAUGGGAAUUGUUUAUUUUCACCAGUGGGUGGUUGGCAUCGGGCUGGUGGGGCUGGAUUAGCAAUAGAACGAGACAAAGGGACACAUGACUGCACUAGGGGUUGCACGACUU